CAAAGUUCAAAGGCAUAAUGGUAGCUAGAAUCAAGCAGAGUGUUACCAAGUCUUGUAAAUCAACAAAUUCAGUGGUUGGAGAGAUUGACACUAAUUCACCUAUUCAAUCUGUUAAAGAUGCUGUUUCUCUAUUUGGUGAAGCUGCUUUGUCUGCUGGGAAUGUUACCAUUAAGAAAGCAAAAUCAAAACCUUAUUCUGUUGAGCGCGUUUGGGCAAAGGAGGCACAACUUCACUUAGCACAGGAAGAGCUGAACAAAUUAAAGGCGAGGCUGAAAAAUGCCGAGGCUACCAAGGCGCAAGUCCUAAUGGAGCUUGAAAAGACCAAAACAACUGUUAUUGAUCUGAAAAAAAAGCUUAAAGUUCUCAAUGAAUCAAGAGAAUUCACAAUUCAUGCAACAAAAGCUUCAAAGAGUCAGGCUGUGAAACAGCUUAAAGAAGAACAGUGUGGCAAUCUUAAUGUAAUCAAUGGUGCUUCGAAAGAAGAGCUCGAAACUGCUGUUCAGAGGUAUAAAUCUAUCAUUGCAGAACUUGAUGUUGCAAAGCAAGAACUGAGGAAAAUUCGUCAGGAGUGUAAGGAAUCUUUGGAAGCAAGAGUUUCAGCUUUCAACCAAGCGGCAGAAGCUAAAGAUGCAAUGAACAUAAAUGCAGAACGAGCGUGUGAGCUUUCGAAAGAAAUUUUAGCCGUACAAGAAUUAAUUCAGCAAAUGAAGGUUGCAUCUGUUGAAGCUGAUCAACAGAAACAGGAGAUACUAGUUGAGAAAAAUGUUCUGAGGCAAUCAUAUAAAUCUUCCCUCGAAGAAUCAGAAAAGAAAUUGCUCGCUUUAAUGAAACAUUUUAAUUCAGAACUCAUUGAAAAUCUUGAAGCGAAGCUUACCGAGACAAUGAGUGAAAUAUCAGCUAUUCAGAAGAAAAUUGAAAAUAAAAAGAUGUCGGACCUUGAACAAGUGAAAAGUGUCACUUUGGAGCUUGAUGGUGCUAAGGAAACACUGCAGAAAGUAUCAGAAGAAGAAAGCUCUCUUAGAAGCUUGGUGGAAGCUCUUCGGAUGGAUUUGGAGUAUGUAAAAAGAGACCACUCAGAAUUGAAGGAAACAGAAUGCGAAACUGAAUCCAUUGUUAAGAAUAUGCAUGCCGAGCUUCAGAGAUGUGAGUCAGAGCUUGAUGUCUACUUGGCAGAAGAAUCUAAAGUUAGGGGUGCAUCUGAGCAAAUGAUCUUGACAUUGAACCAGUUGUCCGAUGAAACUGAAAAUGCAGAGCGAGAAGCAGAAGAUAUGAAGAUCAAUGCAAUCGAAUUGAAGGUGGAAGCUGAAGUCACCAAACAUGCAUUAAAAGAUGCAGAAAUGAAGCUCAAACUAGCAUUAGAAGAAGCAGAAGCGGCAAAAGCAGCAGAGGACCGUAUUCAUGAUCAGAUCAGAGACUUAUCCGAAAGGAAUAAUACUGCUCACGCUUCAACGACUGAAUCCGGUGCUAGAAUUACUAUCUCGAGGGAGGAAUAUGAGUCCUUAAACUGCAGAGCUGAGGAGUGUGAUAAACUAGCGAGUGCAAAAGUGGCGGCUGCGACAGCACAUAUUGAAGCUGCAAAGCUCAGUGAAAAUGAGGCUCUCAUAAAGUUAGAGGCAACUCAGAUGGAAAUUGAGGAUAUAAAGAAAGCAACGCAUGAGGCCUUGAAAAAGGCCGAGAUGGCUGAAAAAGCAAGGAAAAUGGUGGACAGUGAGCUUAGAAGGUGGCGCGAGAGAGAUCAUAAGAAAGCAGCAGAAACUGUGGCUCGAGUAUUGGCUGAAACACCAAUGCCGUCAUCUUUAUCGUCUUCAUCACGUUUAUCUCCUCGGCUUUACAAGAUUCAAAAGCAGCAUUCACUUCCACAAAACAUGGAGGCGAGGAAGUUGGAUAAAGGGAAGAAAAUUCUAAUGCCUAGUAUUAGUAGCCUUUUUCCUAGGAAAAAAAGCUUGCAGGUUGAGAGAGGACUUCCUUCUUACCUUCCAGGUGAGACUCCUUUGUGAAAUUUGUUCUAAUUUUGUGAGAGUAGCAUGUUGAUUUAUGUGAGAGUAGAGUUCUAUGCUAUCAGAUUUUUGUCUUCAUCAUAGAGUAUGAGGGAAAUGAAUUUUGAAAUAUCAGUAGUUUGGUAACAAAUUCAGGUUGAAUGUUGCAGUAGAUUAUUGUUGCUGAAUUUUGAGGUUUCAUGUUUUGUAGUUUGAUAAACUUUUUGCAACAAGCAUU